AUGGCUUCUAACCAGAUUUAUUCAGCUAAAUACUCUGGUGUGGAUGUGUAUGAGUUUAUUCACCCGACUGGUUCGGUUAUGAAGAGGAAAAGCGAUCAUUGGGUCAAUGCCACACAUAUUCUGAAGGCAGCCAAGUUUGCCAAGGCCAAGAGGACGAGGAUUCUUGAAAGGGAAGUGAUCAAGGAAAUCCAUGAGAAAGUUCAAGGCGGAUUUGGGAAGUACCAGGGUACAUGGGUGCCGCUAGAUAUUGCGGUGAGAUUGGCCGAGAAAUUCGACGUUUACGACGAGCUGAAACCUUUAUUUGACUUCACGCAAUCUGACGGGUCAGCCUCACCGCCACAAGCACCAAAGCAUCACCACGCCUCGAGAAGUGAUUCAACGAGAAAGAGAGCGGUAAAAAGCGCCAGUAUGUCGGCGGUUAUGGAAGGAAACGCCUCCCCUACAGCUAAAUCGACGUCGCUGACACCAGGAGCAAGUAAUGCUAGCACAGUCACUCCAAGGAAGAGGGGAAGACCGUCCACAAUCAGCAGAGCAAAAAAGAAAAUCAACACGCCUUUACAGAGAUCACAAAGCGAUCUGGGAUAUCCUAGACCGGCCAUACCGAGUUCUUCAAUAGCGACCACGGAGCUACCCUCUAUACGAACUUCUAAUCUGGAGUCCUUAGCAGAAGAAGAAGAUAAACAACAUCUGCCGCGCAAACAUCGGGAGAGAUUUCAAGAGCUUGAUAUCGACGAUGGGUUGUCCAGCGACAUCGAGCAACAUGUGCCUAACCCCUUGGGCCACGAAGAAGAGGUCAGUAUGACCAAUCGUAACGACAGGUUAAUGCACUCCCACUCAGUUUCUCAAUCAUCCGAGUCUUUGGCAACAUCACCGAGUGAGCUGUCGGAUGCUAACCCAUUCGAUCAGAGAUUCGGAAGUGCUGGUACAUCUCCUGUAAUUUCCACUAUUCCCCGAUACGCUACUCAUUCGAGGCCACAAAGUACUGAUAUUCAUGACAAAGUUAACAAGUAUCUUUCGAUAUUAGUUGAUUAUUUUAUCUCCAACGAAGUGAGAUCGAAUAAGUCAGUCCCUGCGGAACUUUUACUUCCGCCGCCGCACAGUGCUCCAUAUAUUGAUGCACCAAUAGAUCCUGAGCUCCACACUGCUUUUCACUGGGCUUGUUCCAUGGGUAAUUUGCCAAUUGUCGAGGCUCUGGUGAAUGCAGGUACCAAUAUAAGUGCGACUAACUCGCAAGGUCAAACACCUCUAAUGAGAAGUUCCAUGUUCCACAAUUCCUACACAAGAAGAUCUUUUCCCAGGAUCUUCGAGCUUUUGCGCGAUACCGUUUUUGAUGUUGAUUCACUUCUCCAAACUGUGAUCCACCAUAUAGUCAAAAGAAAAUCUUCCACACCGUCUGCCGUAUAUUACCUGGAUAUCAUUUUAUCCAAAAUCAAGGACUUUUCGGCACAGUACAGAAUUGAGCUUUUGCUCAAUUAUCAAGACCAGUCUGGUGAUACAGCUCUACAUAUCGCAGCUAAAAAUGGCGAUAAAACGUUCUUCAACACUUUAAUAGCCAACGGUGCCUUAAGCACAAUCACUAACAAGGAUAGACUGAGCCCUGAUGAAAUAAUGAAUGAACAGUAUGAACAGAUAUUCGCCAGAAGCCAAGGCAAUUUAAGCAAUAGCAACCAAUUUCUGACAAAUGGCAAGACAGCACUACCGAUCGGCUCGACUACUCCCAUAACAGCUAUCAACACAUCUGACUUCAUGAUGUUUUCCUCUCAAGCGGCAACUCAGAUAUCUAGAAGCAUACCCCAGGUGGCUUCUGACAUGAAGCGACUUGCAGAAAGAUUCAACGAGCUUUAUCAGCAACGGGAAAUAGAUCUCAAGAACAUGGAAAGGACACUGCAUAGCAUGACGAAAACUAUCAAGGGGGUGAAUAUACGAACGAUGGAAAUACUGGGGGUUACAGAGACUGACAAGUUUGAUGCGAUCAUAGCAAAACAACUUGAAGAGACAAGAAUCCUAAAAGAAGAAGUUAAUGGGAACAAAAACAGACUUCUUGCAAUCAUUGAGAAACAACAGUUGCUGAAAAUAAAUCGAUAUACGAAAGACGAAGAAAUUUCAAAAAUGGAACCAUCAGAUCUUGAUGACGUGGAGACGCGGGUAAAACUGAUGACUGAACUAAACAUGUCAAGAUUGAAGAUGAAGGUAAAGCUGAAGAAAAUAAUGAAGUUAAUGGGUGACAAUACAAAAAUCCACAAAUAUAGAAAGAUGAUCAGCGAGGGUACCGAACUUAACACCGAAGAAGUCGAUGACUGUUUGGAUGUAAUAUUAGAAAGUUUAGCAGUUAAAUGA